AAACAAAUUGUACAGAAAAUAAAGAAAAAUGGUUCAUAGAAGGAGGAAAUAAAUAUAGAGGACAUUGGUUAUCCGAUGGAAUGGGAGCAGGUGUAACCACACUUGUUGCUAAAGAAUUAAACAAUAUAUAUCAACGAAACCAUAAAGUAAUAGUAAUGGGCGACUUCAACGCUGUACCAUCGUCAAGAAAAGACUUAAUUGAUAGUUAUAGAACCAUAUACCCUGAUUCCAACGGUUUUACAUGGAAAAGAGAUAAUUCGCAAGAACAGAGCCGAAUUGACGCUAUCUGGAUCUCACAAUAA